GCGGAGUGAGCACCGAGAUCCUCGGCUCGGCUAGCAACUUACGGCCCUUGCGCCGGCCGCCGGCGCUUCCGGUUCCGGUGGUCACCACCCGUGCUGGGUCAGAGGCGCGGGCCAUGGCGGGGAGCCGGCUGGAAACCGUGGGCAGCAUUUUCACGCGGACGCGGGACCUGAUUCGGGCUGGGGUGUUGAAGGAGAAGCCCCUCUGGUUUGACAUAUAUGAUGCCUUUCCCCCGCUGAGGGAGCCGGUCUUCCAAAGGCCCCGCUUGCGAUAUGGCAAAACCAAAGCUCCCAUCCAGGACAUCUUCUACCAUGAGGAUCGGAUUAGAGCGAAAUUUUAUUCAGCCUAUGGAUCUGGUCAAAAAGCAUUUGAUCUGUUUAAUCCAAACUUCAAGUCUACCUGUCAACGGUUUGUGGAGAAGUACACUGAGCUACAGAAACUGGGAGAAACAGAUGAAGAGAAGUUAUUUGUGGAAACAGGGAAGGCUUUAUUGGCCGAAGGUGUCAUUUUAAGACGAGUAGGAGAAGCAAGAGCUCAACAGGAAGGUGGUCACAUUGCCUGGAAAUCUGAACCCACAGAUGUCCAAACUGUGUUGGAAAAAAACCAGUCUCUGAAAGAAGUUGCACAGGACCAGCUUUCGGAGUCACCCGAGGAACCACCAAAAGGUCUCUCACCUCCCUGAAGAACUUGUGUGCUGUGUGUUCUCAUAUCCAAACCAUGUUCGCCAGAUGAAUGUUGAACUGUUUUUAACAGUUGAGCUGUGUAAAUGUUUCUGUAUCUCUAAGGCAUUAUGUUUGCCUUCUUUUAGUUCCUAUCCCUAGGCUGUCAUAAAGCUCAAUAUCGUGGAUUGAAAGAAGCAGUUAUGUGAACUUUGAUGUUACAACGGUAUUAAAUAAAGAAUUCCCUAGCUGCUUAUAAAUUAAAUUUACUUUAAAAUUGUAAAUAGCAUGAGGAAAUCUUUCUAAGUAUUAUUUGAAUGGGACUCGUUCUGAGUAGGUUUGUUUGGAUUUCAGUGUUAACGUGGGCCGGCUGUACUUGAUUCUCUGGUAUGUUCCUCUUUUCUGGAUCCGUCAGACUUUUACUUGCACAUACAAUGUCGUCCCUUGGUCAACUGUUCCUGUCUGCAGAUGUUUGUACUUUUUGCUAUAGAACUAUUGAUCUUCAACUUGAGAGGCCAAGAUGACUUGGGUUUCGCAGUAAGAGUGAGGACUUACUAUGAUGAUAGCCAAAGGCCAGAACUAUAAUCUCAUGGGUUGACUGUGCUAGAGACAAUGAGCAUAGCCCUGUACAUAAGAGGCUGCUCAGUAAAGAUUUGUUGGACAAAUGAUUACAUCCAGCUAAAGACCAAAUCCAGAUGAUAUCUCUUAGGUAACUGGGUUGCCAAGAGGGGUCCAGCUAAUUUAGAUGUUGCUUUCCACCAGCAUCCACAUGCUUCCCUGGUGUGAAGGUGUGCUUAUAAAUCCUUAUCGAUUGUACUGUAUUCUUAAUUUCCAUAUCUUUUAUUAAAUAAAUGAAAUAUCCCUCUGA